UUCUGAGUAUCAGCGCAUUGAAUAUGACAGUCAAUUGAAAAGUAAUAAUUAUCAAUUAUUUGGUAAUGUAGUGACUUGCAAUGGAGAAAAGUUAGAAAAUGUCUGUGUGAAAUUUAGUAUGAAAACCAAAUUUGGUUUUUCUGUGAUUUGGCAUGAUUUCCGACAAAAUUAUAUCCAAGCAGAUGAUAAGUCAACUUUUGACAGUGCAAAAACGCCUUAUAAGCUUCGAUGGAUAUUAAUCGGCUGCCCGAGUGAAAUCGGAUAUUCCAAUUCUAAUACUCACGACAUAUCAGCUGACGUUAGAACUGAAGAACUAAAACUUACACGUGAUCCUGAAUCUGUGAAAAUUGAUGUGGGACAAUCACUUUUUUUAAGAAAUAUUGUUGCGUAUGAUAUAGAAUAUGCUUCGUUACCAACUUCUUUAUUCUUCGAAGUGAAUAUCAAAAACUGGCAAGAAAGUGGGUCUAUUGAAAUAGAAAUUAAAUCAAUCAAAGAGGAAGAUGAAGAGGAUGUUAUAUUGAUCGAUGAAGACGAGGACUUAACAAUUACAAUUCGAUGGUGUGUAUUGAGUUUUAAAAAUAAUUCAGAAAUUACUAUUUGGAACCAAUUAGGAAAAUUAGGUGAAUUUUUAGAAUCAGAUAAUAAUCUUAGCUUUUAUUAA